AUGUACUCCGAUAACGCGGGGGCUUACAAAAGAGCAGCGGUAGAUCUACAGGAAAUCUCGAGGCUGCAGCAGGAAGCUGCGAGUCAGGAGUCUAUGACUCACGAUGGCACAGAGUGGACCUUCAAUAUUGCGAAGGCCCCACCGCUAUGUCAGGUGUGGGACACCGAGGUGAUUGAGGUGCUGACACCGAUGCAUUUCCUCAUAGUCGAAACCACGGAUCGGCUGCGGGAAAGUGAGCUGUCGGCGAAAAGUCGUCGAUCCGAGAUGCUGGCAAUAUGGAGACACAGGAAAAAAGUUGUCGAGGAUGUGUGGGAGGGGUGGCAGGACGAGUACGUUAGUCUCUUGCGUAGCUUCCAUCAAGAGACACCCUCCAAAAACUCAAGUCUCGACGUUGGACGAGUAGUGAUUGUUAAAGACAACAACACGCCAAGACUUUUUUGGAAAUCGGCGAGGGUGGAAAAGCUGAACAUUUCCGGUAGUUCAUACCGUGAAUAG